UUAAUGUAGACGGCGUAGUAAACAGUAUAGUAAAUUUAUAUCUAAUAACCUCACUAUUUUGUUUAUUUAGAUCACCUCUACAUUUACACAUAUUUUGAAACUUACUGUGUUCAUUUGUAUUAUAAAUAUUUAAAAAAAUUAUUAUUGUAAUUAUUAAUUAGUAAGAGUAAUGGCAUCUCCUUGGGCUCCCAUUCCACCAGCAGAAGCAGUAAGCUUCAAUCAAAUAACUGCCGAGCAGUCUUUCCAUAAAAAAUUGGAAAAUGAAUUUUUAAAGUAUGCUGAUGAUAAAGUUACUGAAAAUCACGCAACCUUUGAGGACGUUGAAAUUGAAGAUGACAAUAUCAAUAGCGAUAGAGUUAUUGCGCAAUUACUGCAAAAUCAAUUUAAUGAUGAGUAUGAUUUGAUGCUUAAACGCACUGAGGAUAAACUUAAUCGAGGAGCCAAAGUUGGUAUAUCAUUUGCUAACUUUCGUACGAAUCCAAAUUGUCCUGACAUAAUUAAGCAAAUCGAUGAAGAUCGCGAUUUGGAUCAUUUUGUGGAAAUCGAGAAGGAAUAUGCCUCAAUUCCACGGUGCGGCUAUAAGAAAUCAAACGCAGGAUCUGAAAUCGUAACGAAGCACGAUAUCCUGAUGUCCUCGAGAAUAAAUGCUUGUCGAGUUUUGGAAUUCCCUCCUGGAAUAUCUACUGGAGAUACCGGAGGCUUCGACGUUAAAUUGAAUAACAAUGUGUUCAACUCAUUGCGAAAUCACAGCCAUGCACACUGCGCUCGUGAGAAAGCUAAAGUUCGCCCUCACAAGCAAAAUCAAUCACUGAAAUAAAUGUAACGCCUCUCAAAAUAUUAAACUAAUAUAAAAAAAAAUUAUACCUGAAUUAAUUAUCAAUAAAAUAUAUCAACUAUGGAUUCCAA